AUGCUGCAGCUCCGCGCGGGCGUGGCGUGCGCGUGGGCGUCGGGCGCGGCGUCGGGCGAGGCGGCGGCGGCCCUGGAGGCGUGCGUGGAGGGCUUCCCGCUGGGCGACGGCACGUGGCACACGGUGCGCCUCGAGCGCCACGGACACAACCUGCUCGUGGCGGUCGACGACGGCGACGGCUGGCGGAGGAACGAGAGCCUGGCGUCCUUCCUCACGAGCGCCCACGCGGGCGACAUGCGGCCGCUGCUCCAGGGCACGCCCAUGCCCAUCCUGGUGGACAAGCAGAACUGCUGCGUCGUGGGCGGCGACCCGGAGUUGGAGGGCGAGGCGCUCGUCGCUGUCCACGGCGACCUUCGCGAGAGUUGCCUCGACGACGUGCGCCUGGCCGGCCGCCCCGUGACGCUCUUGGGCGGCGAGGGCGGCGACAGAAGGAUCCAAGGAGGGCAGGAGGACCGAGGCUGCCCCGCCCCCGACCUGUGCACCAACACCUCGUGCCUGCCGCCCCUCUCCUGCCACAGCUCCUGGGCACACGCCUCCUGCAGCUGCGGGCCGGGACACCACCUGGUCGGUCGAUCCUGCCGUGAUGUAGACGAGUGUGCGUAUGACCCAUGCCUGCACGGCGGUACCUGUUAUAACCUGGUACCUGGUUAUCGGUGUGCGUGUGGACCUGCCUUCGAGGGGGAGAACUGCCAGUGGGCGAAGCUGCCUCCUCACGCCCACACUCUGGCGACGCCCAUUCUCAUAUCGGCGAUCACGUUCUCCUCUUUUCUUAUGGUCAUCCUCAUCCUCGCCGUGGCCAUUCGCGUCCGCCGAUGGCGCAGCGGCGCGGGCGGCGACGCCCCGAGACCCGACAGCAUGGAGGGUCUGACCGGGGGGGCGCUGACCCCCGACUCGGCCAAGGGGGAGUGCCAGCGGCCGCCGAGCGCCUCGCCCCGGGAGGAGAAGGUCCGGCUCGAGACGCUCAAAGUCAAGAUUCCCGGCACCAAACUUCGCCUCGUAGAGAAGCCCCCGCCCGUGUCUCACACGUGCACGACCACGCUGGCUGUGGAUGACGACGCCGCCCUGAGGGAGCUGAGCCUGGUGGCGGCGCCCGCGUCCUGCCGCGCGAGCCCGCACGCGAGCGCCGGGGGCAGGCCGACGCCGUCCAUCUCCAGGAGCUGCUCGGCGUCCUCCGUGCGCGGCGACGCCAGCGUGGCCAAGAGGCUGAGUCUGCCGCGCCUGGCGGGCUCCCCCAUGGGCGCGGCGGACUGCCCGCGGGCGGUGGCGGCGACGCGGGUGAGCGCCGCGCAGCCGCUCCUGCCGCAGGACGACCUCAGAGCCUAUGCCUACGAGGGCGACGGCUCGCCCUCGGGGUCGCUCACCUCCACGGUCCUAGGCCUGCGGACGGCGUCCAUCGAGGACACGAGCGCCCGGCCUCUCAUCCCCGAGUACGGCGAGGUCCUCGACCUGAUCAGGAACCUCCCGACGCCGCCGACUCGCCCCUCCUGCGGCUCCCGGGCCCGCGGCGGGGCCUCGAGGAGGGGCCGGGCCGCCGUCGCUCCCGACGCCGGAGGUCAAGACGAUCGCGAGGCCAGAGGACGCGUGCGACGUCCGAGGGCGCUGCCUGUCGCUGUCGGCCGCCAGGAGGAGCCCGCCGGAGCCCGGGGCGGAGCCGCGGCGGAGGGCGGGGAGCCACGGCCCGUCGCCGCACCGCUACAGCACGGCCUGCUGAUGGCCGGCUGCUCCGGGGGCGCCGAGGGCCGGGCGCUCGUCCGCCGCGGCCCGGGAGGGGGCUGGCUCGUGCGGCCGAGGAAGUGAUCGUCUGGGUUGAUGCGUUAGGGGACCCACAGGAAGGUUGCUGAAAAUUAUUUAUUCGUAA